CUGUGUUAGAGAAAAUAAAUGUAUAUGUCAUGGUAAAAACUAAAUCAACACUUAACCAUAAUUAAUCGUAAAAAAAUGCAUAUGUUUUCAUUAGAUGUUAUGGCCGGAGCGCAGAUGGCAUCCCAUCACUGAGCGUUUCCAACGAGAUGAUCUGGUUCCCAAGGGCCGUCAAGUCUCCAUCAGGGACUGGGAGUGGCUGUUGUCUUUGUAAGCACCGACUGGGGAAGCCCUCCGGUGAGCUGAGUUGGAGAGGACAAGGGAGGAGAGGAGAGAGGCACUGUUCACACCUUGAGAUGCUCUGCAGGCUUGAGGAAGAAGAGGAGAUGUCUCUAAUGGAGCUACAGCAAAGGGUAGACUGUGUCAUCACCCAUGUUGAUGAGAUUAUGCAGCAGGAGAUUAGGCCAUUGCUGGCUGUAGACAUAAUUGAACAACUUCAUAGGCAGUUUGCUCUUCUUUCAGGAGGAAGAGGAAGAGAUGGAGCGCCCAUCAUUACAUUCCCAGAAUUCUCAAGCUUUAAUGAGGUGUCAAAUGAGGAUUUUGUUAAUGUUGUUACAUACCUGACCAGCAUACCAAGUAUGGAUGCUGCCAGCAUUGGCUUUAUCAUCAUCCUGGACCGCAGAAAGGAUAAAUGGAACUCAGUAAUUGCUUCUCUAACGCGAAUAACGGGGUCCUUCCCAGGAAAUCUACAGCUUGUGCUGGUUCUUAAACCUUCACGCCUCUUCCAGAGGGCUAUUGCUGAUGUCAGUAUGCGGUUACAUCGGGACGACUUUAAAUUGAAGGUACCGAUUGUUAUGCUAAAUUCACUGUCAGACUUGCAUGGCUACAUCGAUAAAGGCCAGCUGACCUGCGAUCUGGGCGGAACCCUGGACUAUUGCCACAGUCAAUGGAUCCAUCAUCGUACAACCAUUGAAAACUUUGCAUUAACAGUGAAGAGCACAGCACAGAUGCUGCAACAGUUUGGAACUGACCUGGCAGAAACCGAACUCCCCAAUGAUGUGCAGUGCACCAAAGAUUUGCUCAUCGCACACACAGAUAAACACAAUAAGCUCAAGGAAGAGUUAAAGUUAGCUGUGAAACAAGGAAAUACUCUGCUGUCUUGUAUCAAAGGCCAGGCCAACAAAACCGAGAAUCACAUUCUGAAUUCGGAUGAAACAGAGAACCAAACAACUGUUGAGAGGUUGCUAGCACAGCUCGAUGAGACAGAGAAUGCAUUUGAACAGUUCUGGUCGAGGCAUCACCUCAAGUUAGAGCAGUGCUUACAGUUACGUCACUUUGAGCAGGACUUCAGAGAGGUGAAAGUGUCUCUGGAUGGCAUGAUGGAGGCUCUACUGGGGCUGUCUGAUACUGGAGACUGUGUGGGUCAGAUGGAACACCUGCUGGGGGAUCUGAAAACCCUGGAGGACAAAGCUCAGGAGUCCUUGGAGAAAGCUCAGCUUCAUGCCCAGCAUGGCGACCAGCUGAUCCAGAGUAACCACUACGCUGUGGACUCCAUCCGCCCCAAGUGUGUCGAACUGCGUCGGAUCUGUGAUGACUUCAGCAAUGAGGCCAAAAAGAAACAGGAUAUUUUGACUAAAUCACUUGAUAUCCAUAAGCGAUUAGACGAGGUAAACCAAUGGUGUGAGUCUGGAGUAUAUCUGCUGGCCUCUCAGGCUGUAGACAGAUGCCAGACACAGGAAGGUGCAGAAACAGCACUGCAAGAUAUCGAAAAGUACAUUGAAUCAGCCAAAGAGCAGCAAUUUAUUCACCUUAAAGACCUCAGCAACCAGUAUGAGAUUGUCCUCUCAGACCUAGUCAAGAGCAAAGUUCAACAGGCUCUGAAAAGACUAAACGACAUUCAAGAGAUGUUUGAGAAAAGACAUACAAGUCUGAAGAAGCUAUCCGCUAAGCAAACCAGGCCGGUUCAACCUGUUGCACCUCGACCAGAGUCUUCACCAAAGCGGCCUUCAGCUAAAACCCCACAAUCCACCACGCCUGCAUCAAAUCGCAAAGGCACAGAUAACUCCAGCACCAAUAAGCCGCCCAGUGAAGCAGAACUGGCAAAGCGGAAAAAUAUUCGCAAAGCGAAAGGUGGCAUCAAGAUUGAGGUCAUGCAUGAAGGAAGUCAGGGAGGCUCAAGUCAUGUUCUUAUGAACAAUGAAACGGAAGAGACCCUUUCAAACAGACGGAGUCACAUAAUGAAUGAGUUGAUUGAGACGGAGAGGCUGUACGUGGAAGAGCUACAGAGCAUCAUAGAGGGUUACGCCACAGCACUGGAUGAUCCUGAAUUGAUCUAUUUGAUCCCACCAUCUUUGGAAAACAAGAAGGAUGUUCUCUUCGGCAAUCUGCCUGAAAUCUACCAGUUUCACCAGAAAAUAUUUCUGAAAGAGCUGGAAAACUGUACUGAAAAGCCAGAGUUGGUGGGGACAUGUUUUUUAAAGCGGAAGGAAGAGUUACAGAUCUAUGAGAAAUACUGUCAAAAUAAGCCACGCUCUGAGGCGGUGUGGCGGCAAUGUGGAGACAGCUUGUUCUUUCAGGAGUGUCAGAAAAGGUUGGAUCACAAGCUUUCGUUAGACGCGUACCUGCUAAAGCCUGUGCAGAGAAUCACCAAAUACCAGCUGAUGUUAAAGGAGAUGCUGAAAUGCAGUAAGAACUCAGAAGGCACAGCUGAGUUGGAGGAAGCUUUGGCCACCAUGCUGGACAUCAUCAAAUCAGUCAAUGACUCCAUGCAUCAGAUUGCCAUCACUGGCUUUGAGGGCAAUCUGAAUGAUCUGGGCAAGCUGCUCAUGCAAGGAUCCUUCAAUGUUUGGACAGACCAUAAGAAGGGUCACAGUAAAGUGAAGGACUUGGCCCGCUUUAAACCCAUGCAGAGGCACCUGUUUCUCUACAACAAAAUGCUUUUGUUCUGCAAGAAACGUGAGGAGACAUCUGAUGGUCAUGAGAAAUCCCCCUCCUACAGCUUCAAGCACUCAUUAAAGAUGAGUUCGGUGGGAAUCACAGAAAAUGUAAAGGGAGACAUCAAGAAGUUUGAAAUCUGGUACAAUGGCAGAGAGGAAGUCUACAUCAUCCAGGCCUCCUCUAUGGAUGUGAAGAACACAUGGGUGUCAGAGAUCCGUAAAGUCUUAACGAGCCAACUGGAGGCUUGCCGAGAAGCCAGUCAGCUUCAUCAAAAGAUUACAGAGAGCAUUUACCAUGCUCCCAUGAGAAAUGUGCGCAAAAUAGCUCUUCGGCAGUCUGACUCUUCCAGUCCCGAAAUGGGAUACAAGCGGGCCGACACAGGCCCAAAUCUGCGGCACAAACGAGCUGAAGCUUCAGCCAGCCUUGGCUCAGAGCACUCUGCUCUUGCUAGAAAACGCUUCACCUUGCAGGGCCUGUCAAACCGCAGGUCUCUCCCCGCAGAAUCUGCACCAAAGGAAACAGCUGUCACACGGCGCUUUUCUUUAGCUUCAUCAAUCAGCUCUGCCUCUGCUCCACGCACUAAAGUUCCUCUCUCCUCUAGCCUUAAGAGCAAGAGGCAUCAAAUCAAGAGUGAUCCCACACCAUUUGGUUGUGAAGACACCAUGCGUGGUACACUGCCUGCUGAGAGCAAAAGUAAAGGUACUGCUGGUACCAAGCCCGCUGUGCCGAGAUCUGCUUCUCAACCAGGAUGGAGUCAACGGUGUUUGCCCUCAAUGGAUGCUGAAGACUUUGAGACUAUUCCAUCCAGUGCUGAAGAGCUCUCCAUUUCCUCAGAUGGAGAGGAUGAUGGCCAUAACAAAAACGGGGAGCAUGAUCGCUAUCAGGUGCAACUUACGUAUGAGUCAGGUACCGCUCAGGAUCUCUCUGUGGAUGCGGGCAAUUUAGUGCAAUUUCUGGAGGAUUCAGAGAAUGCCCAUUGGCUAGUCAAGAACCUUAGAACUUGGAAGACAGGUCUGGUUCCACCCACUGUCCUGCAGUCCACAGCAGAUGGAGUAGACCUUUACAGUAACUCUGGUACCACACACCAACCUCAGGAAGAGCAGCAGAAGGGCAUGACUGACAUCAUCAUUCUGACCACAUGGAGCCCAGUCCAAACUGAUGACAUUUUCAGUGACCUCUGCACGGCUGCCCUCACCGAUACAGAGGAGGUAGAAGACAGCUCAGAUCCCACUCAGGACAGCAGAAUUGCAUGCUGAACGUGUUGUGAUGUGUCUUAGCUUCCCUUCAUGCCAUACUUGUAUACAUCAAUACCCCCGAUACUGUUGUAAUACUACACAGAAAUCUACUCCAGUGGAGGAGUGGAUGAACUCUGCUGCUAUAUGACCACUCUGAAGACCCAUGAGGACAGAUUCCAGUCAUUUCUGGCAUUCUGCACAAAGUCCUUCUCAGGUGCUGACGGGACAUUGACAACAUUCUGCUGUCAUGAGUCAUAAAUUCAGCAUGCAGCCUUUGUGCUUUCUGUCUGCAGUGCCUUAGCAGCCAGUGCAGGGGUAUUUUAAAAGAAAUGUUUAAUUGCAAAGGACCUCUGUGAAAACUGGAAUAUAUGCAGUAUGAUAUCUGCCAACUGUCUAUAAGGUCUAUAGUACCUGGAGAAAGCUGGCAGUUAUUUGAAAUUUGUCAUCUUUGCACAUGGGCACUCAGUUCCGUAUUUAGGUGUUUUUGAGGCAAUCACCUGAGUGGUAAAUGCUAUGUGACUAUUGACUAAUCAAGCUAGAGUUGCAGAGAAAUUAUGUCAUGACAUUGCUGAUUGGCCAAUGGCACCAUAAGAACAUGCACAGUCCCAAGUCCUUCACCAGUGUCUAACCUGAGCUGUUCGGGAAUUGGCAAAACAUCUACUCUAAUAUAAUGAAACAUAUGCGAUUUAUAUGUUGCUUGCAAAAAAUGUAUUUUGCAGAAUAUACAGUGUCUCUUGAAUGACUUUCAAAGGAGAAGGAUUAUUUUUGGGCCUACUGGACAAUACUAACCAGCCAAACUUCGAUCCCUUGGCAUGAACACAGAGGUGGAUAUAUUAAAACACUGAGACAAAGAGUCUCUGGACUUUUCCAUCCUGCUGAAACUUCCACUGGAAUGCUUAAACACUCAUAAUUGUUUUGUUGUUUACUGCUUGUUGCUUAUGAGACUGUUGGUCAGAGAAACAGCACUUUUAAAGAACAAAUAUUAUCUUAUGUAAUGUACAAUAUUUAUACUCUCUUUUAUAUUUUGACAUGAAAGUUGUUUAAGCCAACUGUAAAGCUUCAACCCUCUUUGCUAUUUGUAAAGCUGAAUAUCUUUAAUCCUCAUCCAAUAUUUUCCCACAGUAGGUCUGUACUUGAUAUAUCUCUUUCAUGGUCUGGAUGUACAGUAUAUUAAUAAUCGCAAACAAUUCAA